AUGGCUGCGGUUGGCUGGGUAAGGGUUGACGGACGGUCACUUGGGUUGAGGGAAGGCCGCUGUGGUUUGGCCGAGGCCGUGGUUGGACUAGGAGGAGCGGAUACGAGAAAACCGGCAAAAACAUACAACACAGGGGAUUCCCCAGUCGUCACCGACCGGAGUACUAAUCCUGCGGUCAGUAGCUUAUCUAGGGGAGAGCGGACGGGAUCCCGAGUUGUCUACUGCCUAUGGUCGUAUGUGAUAGGCAGGACUCGGAGGUCUGGCUUAUGGUGUUGUUGUUAUCAAUGCUGGGCGUGCAAGUCGUCGAGGGGUAGAGGGGUUGAAAGGUUCUGGACUCGGCGCGACGCGAAGUUAUGGCUGGUGGGGCCCGAUUGUUGUUGA